UCUGAAACUCCCGAAACUUUCCCUCCUGCUGCCCGGGGAGGAGCACGGAACCAUUUUAAAGCCGUGCUUUGUAGGGAAAAGCUGGUUGGGCUUAGUUGAACUGUUGUGUGAGCCAGGGUUAUGGGAAGAGGGUGUUGGUAGGAAGAAAAAACUGGGGGAGAUGCUGAGAUUUUGGGAGUGGAGAGAGGAAGGCAAGUCGGGGUGUUGCCUAGUGCCUCUCGGCACUUCAAAACCUUUCUUUGUUCCGUCUUGUGAAAAUCUGAAUGAGCUUUUACCGGGGCUAAAACUACCGGGGAACAAUAGGGAGGGAGGCAGGGAGUAGCCGGCAGGCGGAGGAGGAAGCGAGCCAAGGAAUGACGAAUGCCUUCCAGCCCUGACCAAGCGCUGCCACCCUCGCCCUGCCUCGGGCCGGGUGUGGGGACAGCCGCUGGUCACUGGGGUCGGCUGGGGGCGGUGACACGGGGACAGCCCGAGAGGGCAGCAGGCCUGGCACAGCACAGGCCCGGGGCGCCCAUCCUCCACUGCUGUCACAGCUCCAUUCCAAAGAGCUCAGAGAGAGAGAGAGAGGGGCCUUUGUGCCAGCGACGCGCAGCUCCCUGCCCGGCGUGUUGCACUAAUGAGGGAACGCGUCCUGGAUAGGACUGGUGACAGGGAUAGCGAGCAGGCACUUCCCAGGCCCUCCAAGCUGGCCCCCAUGCACAGCUGUCUGUAAACUGGAAGUCAGGGAGACCACUGAGGAUAUUUUUGUUGUUUCCUGUUCACACAAAUCCUGGUUCUGAGCUCCCUGGGGAAGUCCUGUCUCCCCUAGCAAAGACCUUGCCCCGGUGCCUCUGCCCUGGGUGACCUGCCUGCAUUCCCAUCUUGCUCCAGGUCCUGGCACACAGCAGAGGUCUUAUCUCAGCUGUCAAAAUGGAGCUUGACAUCCAGUGUGAAGAGAUGAGCCCAUCUAGAUGGGCUGAACUUCUGACCACAAUGAAAUCCUGCAAAACCAUCAGGUUGGAUGACUGCAAUCUCUCCAGCAGUAACUGCGAGGAUCUCUCUUCCAUCAUCAAUACAAAUCCAUCCCUCACAGAGCUGAAGCUGAACAACAAUGAGCUGGGAGAUGAAGGUGUUGAAUACCUUUGUAAAGGGUUGCUGACCCCAAGCUGUAGCCUACAGAAGUUAUGGCUGCAAAACUGCAACCUGACGAGUGCCAGCUGUGAGACCCUGCGCUCCGUCCUCAGUGCCCAGCCAUCCCUGACAGAGCUGCAUGUAGGGGAUAACAGGCUGGGAACUGCUGGAGUGAAGGUGCUGUGCCAAGGCAUGAUGAACCCCAGCUGUAAGCUGCAGAAGCUGCAGCUGGAGUACUGUGAACUCACAGCUGAUAUUGUGGAAGCUCUCAAUGCUGCUCUGCAAAGCAAGCCCACCCUGAAGGAGCUCAGCCUGAGCAACAACACGCUGGGAGAUACAGCUGUGAAGCAGCUGUGCCGGGGCCUGGUGGAGGCAAGCUGCAACCUGGAGCUACUACACCUGGAGAACUGUGGCAUAACCAGUGACAGCUGUAUGGAGAUUAGUGCUGUUCUCAGGAACAAGUCAUCUCUGAUGGAUCUUUCUGUGGGGGACAACAAGAUCGGGGACUCCGGUCUGGCUCUGCUGUGCCAGGGACUGAUGCAUCCUAGCUGCAAAAUCCAGAAGUUGUGGUUAUGGGAUUGUGAUCUCACAAGUGCUAGCUGUAAAGAUCUCUCCAGACUCAUCAGUACAAAGGAGACCCUCACAGAGAUCAGUCUGAUAGACAAUAACCUGAGAGACUCAGGGAUGGAAAUGCUCUGUCAGGCACUCAAGGAUCCCAAAUCUAAACUUCAGGAGCUAUGGGUUAGGGAGUGUGGGCUCACCACUGCUUGCUGCAAGGCUGUCAGCUCUGCCCUCAGCACCAACAAGCACCUGAAAGUACUGCACAUAGGUGAGAACAAGCUGGGAGAUGCAGGUGUGGAACUCCUGUGUGAAGGGCUGAUGCACCCCAACUGCAACAUCCAGUCCCUCUGGCUGGGGAACUGUGACCUGACUGCAGGCUGCUGUGCCACCCUCGCCACCGUCAUGGCCACCAAGCAGUGCCUCACUGAGCUGGACCUCAGCUACAACCCUCUGGAAGAUGAAGGCAUCAGGAAGAUCUGUGAAGCCUUGAAGAAGCCCAGCUGCAACGUGCAGCAGUUAAUUUUGUAUGACAUUUUGUGGAGUUCUGAAGUGGAUGAUGAACUGAGAACAUUGGAAGAGUCCAAGCCUGAAGUGAAGAUCAUUUCAUGAGUGGUGACUGCCUGCAGAACAACGUCAAAGCAACAUCCUCUUCUUAAUCUGAACUUUCCAUACGUAAAACUAAUUAACUUAAUAGGGAAUUUUCUUGUACCAAAACCAUUUGUGGAUUCCCUGAGUGGGUGUCUGGGGAGCUGAUCAGCCUUCUCUGCGUCUCUGGAUGUGCUAACUGUGAGACUCAUGAAAGCUGCAGCAUCACCAGCCUUGAAAUAAACAAUUACUGUCUUGUAGAAGUGGGUCUCUAGCCCUUAGGAGCUCUUUAAUCCUAUAAUCCCUUCUAACUAAUUAGUUGGGCUUUAAAGAGAGCUCCUUCCCAAGGCAAGAGAACUACCCACUGGAUUGUUACUGGGUGGUGCUUUUGAUAGGUCUCUGGGGAAGGCUUUCAAAAAAACCUAAAUGUUUUUAAUCUAAAAUUGAGCUCUCCCCUGUUUUUCCCUAAAAGAGUUCUUGGAAAAGCAGUGGUGGCCAAGGCACUAGAGAAAAAAGAAAUGAGCAGCUGUUCAGCUGUGCAAUGUCAAAAUUCAUAUCCUUUGAAAAGUGAUUUUCCUACAAACAAAAGAUGCUGUGUGCAUUUCUGCUAGUAUGGGAAAUGAUUUAAUGAUUGAUAUGUUUGAUCUGGCAAAGAGUAGUUCUACAGGAACUUUAUACUUAAUUUUUCUACUUAUAAAAAUAAAUAUAUCUGUAUAUUUC